CUCUAGCAAUAGGUCGUCUGAGGAGGAAGUGUCACAUCGAGUGGACUGUUUUAAGUAGCCGAGAAAACAACUCCUCGCAUUAAUCUACAUUAAAGGAAAGAUUCAGACUAUCUUAAACAGCUUUUACCCUCUUGAUAGGAUGAGCACCGAAAAGGACAACUACGCCCCCGUGGAGGUGGGCUUCUCUCAGCCUCCUUUCCCCGGUCAUCCUAACCUUCCUGCCGCGUUCAGCGUCAACGCACCGGGCUCGGAGUCCUACGGCAGCGGCGGCGUCCUGGCCCCCGGCGGCCUGCCCUACCCCUCUCCUCCGGUGUUUCCCGGAGCCUCCGGGAUGGAAGGAAAACUUCAAGAUGGAAAUUCAGGCUAUGUUAACCCCAAUUACCCCGGUUAUGCUGAAAAUGCACCACCAUAUUCCCCACCUGCCCCGGGCUUUGUUGACAGCUAUAUGGCCGCUAAUCCUUACCCGAAUGAGGAGGCGCCUCCUCCCUUCAUAGACAAUCAAGACUUUGAUUUUGGAUUAGACAACAAGAGCAUUAGAAGAGCUUUUAUUAGAAAGGUGUACUUGGUGUUAACGGCUCAGCUCAUGGUGACCUUUGCAUUUGUGGCCGUGUUCACCUUUGUGCGGGAAGUGAAGUUUUUCGUCCAGACGAACAUCUGGACGUACUACUUGUCCUACGGCGUGUUCUUCGUGUCGGUUUGUGUGAUCAGCUGCUGCGGAAACUUCCGCAGAAGACACCCCUGGAAUCUGGUGGCCCUGUCCAUCCUGACUCUCAGCUUGUCCUACAUGGUGGGAGCAGUCGCCAGCUUCCACAGAACGGAGUCUGUCAUCAUGGCGGUGGGAAUCACCGCAGUCGUUUGUUUCACAGUGGUCAUUUUCUCCAUGCAGACCAAGUAUGACUUCACUUCCUGUUACGGCGUCCUUUUCGUUUGCUUGCUGGUCCUUAUCAUCUUCAGCAUCCUUUGCAUCUUCUUUCAUAACAUGAUCCUGCAGCUCGUCUACGCUGGACUGGGAGCUUUACUCUUCACUGCAUUCUUGGCGGUGGACACCCAGCUGCUGCUUGGCAACAAGGAGCUCUCACUGAGCCCAGAGGAAUACGUCUUUGCUGCUCUCAACCUCUACACGGACAUCAUCAACAUCUUCCUCUACAUUCUUGCUAUUGUGGGCAGAGGCAGAGGCUGAGCGAAGGCAGCAGCUCAGACAGAAAAGUAGUUUGGAAUAAAGAGUGUCCGUAAUCAAAGCCUUCAAUUUGCUUUCUAGCCUGUAUUUAUUAUAUGGUUAACAGCUGCUUUUGGUUCGUCCAAUGUAAACGCUUCACUCUAGUCGAUACUAUAAGUGACCGAAGAUCUCUUUGUAUAUGUUAUAUAAAAAAAUUAUUUUUUUCUCAGAAGAUUUUAUCUCACUACGUAGAAGGGAAUCAGUGAUGCAGACAUGUGCAAUUGGUCAGUGUUUGAUGCAGAGUUUUAUUCUGGUGUGACUGAAGGCCGAGAGGACUUUUUCCUGGACCAAAGACCAUAAAUCAUCAUUUGUAGUGUGAUGUAUGUUUUUCAAAAGCUGUCAGCAGCAAGGGCUGAAAUGGCAGUGAGAAGAAUAGGAAGAAAAAACUAAAGCUCCCGCUAAAAAAAAAAAAAAACGUAUUAAAAAGUGACUACAUAGUGGUCGUUUGGAUAGAUUUCUUCUGUUUUUCCAAAGUACUGUUUUAAAUCUACACUGUUUUCCCAACGACGCUUUAAAGUCUUAAGUACUUUUGUAAACCUAAUGUGUUUUCUUUCUAUACAAUAAAAUUUGUAAAAUGCAUUCUAUUGUAGUGAUGUUUUGAUUUAAUUUGUUUUCAGCUGAGGUCUGGGUAGUUAGGGGUGCUUUUACCAGCACUGUAUCCAACACCUUCACGAUGAGCCUGGAACAAUCCACAGCACUCUUGCAAGCAGAAAAUGAGCAACUAAGGCAGGAAAAUGCUCAUUUUAGAAGCGCUCUCUUGGAAUACGAUGAGAUGAGGUCCAGGAUGCAGAGAGACCAGGGCCAACAGUCUGGUUUUACAGGCAUGGACUCUAGAGGCCUGCAGCAUAACAACAUUGAAGAGCAACAGUUUAGGAGAGACCUGCAGCAGGACGGAUGCAAACUGCAGCACAGAACAUCGUCUCCGAUUAACUUCAAGUCUUUCCUCC